UUUCUGUUUCUGUUUGGGUGUCACCGGGGUGGAUCUUUAUCAGUUUAUCAGUGAAAACCCCUCUGUACUCAGAACCUGGUCACAACGGACCAUGGACAUUGUCUGCUGCUGAUCCAAAACAUAGAGCUGCUUCAGAAACACUUGGACAAGGAGCUGUGUGUGGACCAACAGACCAGUAGGAUGGCAGACUUUGGGCUGUAUGAGUACCAGGAGGAGGUGGUUCAGAGGGCUCUCCGGGGGGAGAACAUCAUCAUCUGGCUGCCCACCGGAGGAGGAAAGACACGGGCUGCUGUGUAUGUGGCCAAAAAACAUCUGGAGAAUACCGGAGCUAAGGUGGCUGUGCUGGUCAACAAGGUUCAUUUGGUCGACCAACACUACAACAAAGAGUUCAAUCCCUACCUGGGUCGAGACUAUAGCCUGGUGUCUAUCAGUGGGGACUGUGACCAGAAGGACUUCUUUGGCUGCGAGGUCAAGAACUCUGACCUGGUCAUCUGUACAGCACAGAUACUGGAGAAUGCCCUGACCAACCAGGAGGAGGGAAAACAUGUCGAGCUCUCACAGUUCACUCUGCUGAUCAUUGAUGAGUGCCACCACACCCAUAAGGAGGGUGUCUACAAUAAGAUCAUGGCGCGCUACGUGGCACAGAAGCUGAAGGGAGAAAGGCGGCUGCCGCAGAUCCUGGGCCUCACUGCCUCUCCUGGGACAGGGGGAGCCAAGAGCAUCAAAGGAGCUGUGGAGCAUGUGCUGCAGAUUUGUGCCAACCUGGACUCAGUGAUAGUGUCGUCUAAAGUGUACGCCCCUGAGCUGAAGAAAAAGGUCCCCAGACCCAGGAAAAGGUUUGACAUCGUUGACAAAAGACCUCAGGACCCAUUUGGGGAUCACCUGAAGUUCAUGAUGCAGUUUAUCCAUGACUUCAUGGCCUUAGGGCCUGACUUUCCUGUCAGGGAGUUUGGCACGCAGGAGUACGAGGCAGACGUGGUGAUUCUGGAGAAGAAGGGUGUGACAGACAGGAACAGACUGCUGGCCCAGUGUGCUCUCCACCUGCGUCAGUACAACGACGCCCUGCUCAUCAACGACACUGUGCGCAUGGUGGAUGCCUUUAGGGUCCUUGAGUCCUACUAUAGUACCAAGAGCUCCACCGCCAUGGAUGGAAUCGACUUCUUCCUGCUUGGACUCUACCAGGAAAACGAGGUGGAGCUGAGGAAACUGUCAGGCGAUGCCCGGUUUGAAAACCCUAAAAUGGGGAAGCUUCAGAACACCCUGCUGGAGCAGUUUGACCAGGGUGGGAACUCCAGAGGGAUCCUGUUCUCCAAGACCCGUAAAAGCAUCUGCUGCUUGUAUGACUGGGUGUCCAACAACCCAGCACUGCAGCGUGCUGGUAUCAGAGCAGCCAUUCUGACUGGCGCUGGCAAUGGCAUCAAUUACAUGACCCAGAAUGAGCAGAAGGACACAAUCCGCAACUUCCGCCUGGGCUCCCUCAACCUCCUGAUCUCCACCAGCGUAGCCGAGGAGGGCCUGGACAUCCCAGAAUGCAACCUGGUGGUGCGCUAUGGGCUGCUGACCAAUGAGAUUGCACAACAGCAGGCCAGUGGCCGGGCUCGGGCGAGUGACAGCGUUUACUCUGUGGUGGCCCAGGUGGGGAGCCGGGAGGUGCGUCGGGAACUCCUCAAUGAAUGUCUGGAGGACUUGACUGGCAGGGCCAUCGGCGAAGUGCAGAGGAUGGAGCCCAGGCAGUUCCAAAUGAAGAUCACUGAUCUCCAGACAGAAGCGUUGUUGACCAGACAGUUGGCAGAGCACUUGAAGAUCAAGAAGAGGAGUCAUUUCAAUGCUGCUACGGUUCAGCUCUCGUGUCGAGGCUGUUUUCUGCCCGUGGCCUUAGGCAAUGACAUUAAAGUAAUUGAAAACGCACACCAUGUCAACAUCAAUCCUGACUUUGAGAGGUACUAUAAGACCGGUGGGCAGCCCGCGCUGAAGACUUUCGAGGACUGGGAGCCAGGCCGUGUGAUUAGCUGUGCUGCCUGUGGCAAGCAAUGGGGAAUGGAAAUGAUAUAUAAGAAGAUUGCCCUGCUGCCCAUUCUGGCCAUCGAGAACUUUGCCAUGGAGACUCCGGAGGGAAGAAAAUUAGCCAAGAAGUGGAAGAACGUUGAGUUUACAGUGGAGGAGUUUAACUUCAGCACGUACUGUCAAAACAAAUUCCCUAACAUGUUGGAUUGAUACACUAUUACACUGGAGGAAGGACUGUAACUGGGGUUUUCAUGGUGUUUCCACCUCGUACUGUUUUCACCUUUCUACUAAUCUUCUCUUGCUUCCUCUCUCUGUCUGUCAGUCUGUGUUGCUUAGUCUAGACUGCAUUUUGUGUUACUUAUGCAUGAUCCUGAAGUGUGUCAUAGUCCUAUGACAGGGGGAGAGAUGCAGUGCCUUGGGUAUGGUUGGCCCUGUUAAAUCAUGUCUGGCCAGGCCUCCACACUGCUAUAGGCAGUGUGACGCAGCAGCGUGCUAAAGCAUGUUACCCAAUGGUCAGGGUUAGAAUUAGCUCGUCAGCUUUGUUUAUGCCCAAGGUCCUCUCUCCCUCUCUUUCCCUCCCUCUCUCUAUCCUGUGUUUCUUCUGCUCCAUUGCAGCCAAGCACGCAGAAACAUGUGAACUUAGCACCCCUGUUCUAAGAUGAACUCAAAUGAUCUGUUUUUCUAUUUUUAGCAAAGUAAUAUCAGCAUGGUCCAUAUUUUGUCAUGAAUCUGUACUGUCUUUGUUUUAGAUUGAACCUGAAACGUAUACCUUUCGCCUGAUACUCCUUGAUACUUGAUGCUACUUGAUCAUGAAUGAAACGUUUUCAAAUUGAUAUUUCAAUAUAUUCCACAGGUAUACUAUUUUAUUGUGUGUUCACCAAGGUGUACACUUUCUUGCCUAAAAUUUAUGAAAUGAUCUACUGUAAUUAUUUUAUCUUGAUAAAUAAUUUGGCAUUAUUUGUCUGAACAUGUCUAUAUUGAAUGUUAUGAAUGAAAAAUAAAAGAAUAAUAGAUAACUACUAGAUAAUAGAAGUA